ACUAGAGAACUGUUCUGAAGGCAUUUACUUUGUUAAGAAAGAUUCUCUGACAGUCAUGUCUUUUCCUUCAACAAGCCAACAAUCCCAUCUAGGGAACGUAUAAGAGUUUAGAAAACCAACAAUUCAUAUAUAAGAAACAACACAGAAAAUCCCCAGCCUGUAUUAGCUCUCCUCCUUAACAGCAGGUGGAUAUGAUUUCCCUGGCUGAUGUUUACCAUGUCUUGGAAGCAACAAUCCCCUUGUAUGUUGCCAUGAUCUUAGCCUACAUGUCUGUAAAAUGGUGGAAACUCUUCACCUUGGAACAGUGUUCAGGCAUUAACAAGUUUGUGGCAAAAUUUUCCAUCCCACUUUUGUCUUUCCAUGUGAUCUCAACCACAAAUCCUUACCAGAUGAACCUGAAACUCAUGCUCUCAGACUCCCUCCAAAAACUACUUGCUCUUCUUCUUUUAGCACUCUUCACCAAACUUAGCUCUAGAGGAAACUUAGAUUGGGUUAUAACUGGUCUCUCUUUGUCAACACUUCCAAACACUUUGAUCCUGGGAAUUCCACUACUGAAAGCUAUGUAUGGUCAUGAAGCAACUGCACUUCUCUCACAGAUAGUUGUCUUACAAAGCUUAAUUUGGUAUAAUUUACUGCUGUUUCUCUAUGAGUUCAGGGCUGCUGGAGCAGUCUCUGUGACUCCCUCACUAGAAGCCACUGGGCAAUCAGUGGCCCCACAGGGAGCACAACUGAAAGAGGGGGAGGAAACAAGAGCCACAACCACAAGAAAACUCAAAACCAAACAGAUUCUCACGACAGUAGGGAGAAAGCUCAUAAGCAAUCCAAAUACUUAUGCAAGUUUGGUUGGUCUCAUUUGGGCAUUCAUCGACUUUAGAUGGAGACCAGAUCUGCCAGUGAUCGUUAAUAAAUCAAUAUCAAUAUUGUCAGAUGGAGGACUUGGCAUGGCCAUGUUCAGCAUAGGUCUUUUCAUGGCAUCACAAACUAGAAUAAUAGCUUGUGGGACUUGGAUGGCAGCCUUAGCCAUGGGAACAAAAUUUUUGGUUGGACCUGCUCUAAUGGCAAUCUCCUCCCUUGCUGUUGGACUGAGGAGUACAUUGUUCAAGGUGGCAGUCUUGCAGGCAGCUCUUCCUCAAGGGAUCGUUCCAUUUGUGUUUGCAAAAGAGUACAAUGUGCAUCCAAGCAUCCUGAGCACCGGGGUAAUCUUUGGCUUGCUUAUUGCAAUUCCAAUAGCACUGGCCUACUAUUCGCUGCUAGCAUUGUAGUUCUCCCAAGCAAUGGCAAAAGAUUCCAAAACCAGGAAAAGCAUAAUAAAGGCUCAACAUGAAAUAUGGGGGCCAUAUUUAUUUUAUACAACCUUCUUUGUAUUUUUACAAGAAAAAAAAAAGGAUAAGAUAAAUAAAGGCAAAGAAGUAUCAUUACAAUUGUCAUCAUAAUUUCUCUGUGAAUAAUAAAAUAAAACCUUUCUCUGCACUUGGCACAAAGUCACGAGUAAAAGAACUAAGAUAUACU